CAUUGUGUUGCAGAAGAAGAAGAAGAAGGCGAUCGGCAUCACAAUGUCUGCCAGUUUUGUCCCAGAGCCUUCCUUAGCUCAAGGACAGACGAGGACUUCCAUCGCUGGCUCGAAGACAGCGCGAACUGCCCUGUACGUUGGACUGGCGGCGUCCGCCGGCACCGUCGUGUUGUUCGCGUGCUACUUUGUGGCAGGCGAGCAACAGCAGAAGUCGUUCUGCUGCUCUGACGUCAUGCAGCUGCUCGCGCCCAUCUCCAACAGGAGCGUCGACCCGUGCUCGAACUUCGUGGAUUUCGCCUGCUACCGCGUCAAGCAUCUGGACCAGAACAAGCUCGGCAUGGACGCCGUGGAGACUGCAGUCGUGCGUCCCACUUUGCGAGGUCAGCUCAAGAUGGCCGCCGCCAACCGAUUGCACACACACCACAGGAGCUGCCUCGCUGCCUUUGUUGAAGGAGCGCUGUCUCCGGAGAACGCCAUCCGCUUCGUCCUGUCCAUGUUCCGCGACUGGUCUGGUAGCGCUGAACACAUAGACCUUCUCAAGGUGCUGGGCCUGCUCCACCUGCGCUACAACCUGCCCACGGUGUUCGCCGUGUCAUUUUCGUUCAGGCCCGCGCACGAAGGCUCCGGCGUCGACCGACACAGUGUGCGAAUCAGCGGUGCCUACGCGCCUCGACUGAUGGCUUCCGCAGACGCCGUAGUCGUGGAGAACCGCAUGGUCGCCUUUCUCUCAACGCACCUCCGGCAAGGCACGUCUCGCGAAGAACACCAGUCCUCUCAGAGCGACUUGCGGGACGACAUCCUGCGCGCCAACUUCCGCCUUCAGGACGCGCUGCAAGUCUUCGACGACAUCGUCCACACAGGUGACGCGAGCUUGCUCCAGCAGCUUUUUCCCGAGCACGACCUCAGCUCUUGGAGGGAAGUGCUCGGCGACUGCUGUGACUCGUGGCACCUGGAGGUACAAGACCCGCAAAACGCACGCAACGUCUUUCACGUGCUCGAGGAUGGCCAGACACGGAGCGAAGCAUUCGAGGCCUACUUCGCCAUAACAAUCGCCAUGGCCGUGUUCUCCGAAGAGUUCACUCUUGCGGAACGCACCGAUGAUAUGAGUUUGUGCGGCAAGUUAUGCGACCGGAUGGCGCGGCAGCCGCAGGCACUGUGGGACAUCUCGUCGGCGACGGUACUCACCAGCGCAAACCUGGACACCUCGGUUCGCAUGACAUUCGACACUAUGACUGCUGCCGUGGCUUCUGAAGCCAGCGAACUGUUCGCCAACUACACAGACUCGGGCAGCAUACGCGAACUUGUGCGGAGCGUGCGCCUUCUCCUGCCGAAUGACAUCGCUCGCCCUUACACGAGCAUCCUGCCUAACCUGACGGACAGCUAUCUCCAGAACAAAUUCACCAUUCGCAGUUUCUUGUUCAAGGUCAGUGUUCUGGACUCGGCACGAGGACUGGGGGGCCUGCGCCGGUUGCACACACUGAACCGCUUCACUGCGCGCGUCGGCGGCCACGUGGUGGUCUCCCCGCGGGUGUACCCGAUGCUGAGCGUCGACAAGGGAAGCCAGACCGUGGUCAACGCGGCCUCGCUGGGCGUCUCGCUCGCGGACAGUCUCUGGGACGCCGUGUUCUCACGCCGGGAAUGGUCGGUGCCCCUCCUGCAUCGGCUGGACGCGCACACGUCCUGUCUGCAGCGUUACGUCAGGACCGAGUUGGAAGGCCGGCUCUCCUAUCCGCUGCUCUCGGUGCGAUCAGCCGUGCGCGCCGUGUCCUGGCCUCAGUGGCACGCCAGGGCGGACGACGACUGGAAGCUGUCGGCCAGCCAGGUGUUCUUCAUGCUUUUUGUCCUGAGGCACGCCUGCCUAGCGCGUGACCACGCCGACAAAGAAGCGACCCUUUCCCGGCGGCCCUUCAUGCUUCGCGUCAGCCACUUCGCUGCGGCGUUCGACUGCAAGCCGGCGCCUUUGCUGGGGCUGGGAAGCUGCCUUUGAUAGCUUCGGACAAUUGCAGGUGCCAUUCGGGAUACGGUAACUUUUUGUUAGGCAGAGACAGCUUCGUCUAACCCUAUUCUGUCUCCUGAUCCUUACCGGAACCACAAGGUUGCAUCUACCAAUCGUUAUUCCGCGGUAUUCGCAUUUAUGCAUCGCAAAAUGCCUAACAGGUCAGAAAUGGAUCGUUAUAUCUAUCAUGUUUCUGUUUUAUGUUUUCCCCUUUAUUUCACAUUCGCUGCUUUUCUGAUUUCGUGUUCAUUGAUUUGUACAGUUCGUUACUAACCUGACUGCCAUAUCGUAAUGAUCUUCCUUUCUGAAAGUUUCUAGUCCUCUUCACGAAACACGUGCGUUUAGAACCGUGUUUCCGUACUUACAUUCCAAUUAGCUAGCUUAUUCUGUUUAAUGACCGCGGGAAAAAUAAAAAGUACGACUUUUAAAAUUUUAUAUUCGCUCAAAACUGGCUCUACUGUCACGAAUAUAUAUUCAAUGUGACAGACGCUGCAGAACCAACGGGUGUCGUUCGUAAGCGAUCACGGAUGCAACAAUUACGUCGACAGAAAGUUCGCCUUGCCUGACUACAAUGCCACUUUUUCAAGAUUAUGAAUCCACAACGCUGCCAUUUGCGAUAUAAUUCUUGGACAGCUUUCUUUUUAUUUUGCGCACUGUUAUGCGAGUGAGAAAUGUCUUUUUCAAAUUUCUUCCAUUUAUUG